UGCAGUCUAUACAUAUCUGUUUACAUCUCAAAAAAAGUGUUUUGGGGUUUCAUGACCCUUUAAAACACAGAAAUGAAGGUCCUAAAAUAUUGCUGCUGAAUAACAAACGAUGGACAUGUUAGUUAACUUAGUACCAAAACACGAUUUCUCUUGCUCGGACAGUCCAAAUCUAACGCAUUUCUCCAGUCUUCGUGAUCAGAUUCUGAGUUAAUUUUUGUGGAUUGCGCCUGUAAUGGCUCUUGGUGACGCGCGCUCCACGCCAAACCCCUCCCGGUGGCACCGCGCGCUCAGCGCUGGACAGCCCAUUGUCCCUCAGUCACAGCUGACAGACGUACAAUGAUCCUGCGCCGCUAGGGGACCGCGCGCCUUUUUCAUCAGGGAGGAGACACCACCUAAGUUUCCUUUGGAGAGCUCCAGUGCCCUGGAGACGCGAUGGAGACUUCCAGCAGCGUGCCAAACACCGACGCGUCCACCGCCGCGCUCACGCGACUUCUGAACUUCACGGAGGAUCCAGCCAGCUUCUCGGAGAAGCCUCCCAUGGCAGGGUUGCGCGCCACAGAAGAGCCGCUGUCUCUCGUGGUCAGCAGCUUCAGGACUGAUGUGGCUCCAGCGGGGCUCCUGGCGGGUCCAUUCUCGCCCUCUGAAGAGCCCACUCACCUGAUUGUAGCUUUCUGGGAUUCACCCUUGAGUCACGGGAUUAAUGUGUUUGUUGGCUUUGUCCUGUGCUUCACCAUGCUGGGGCUGGGCUGCACGGUGGAGCUCAGUCAGCUGGGCGAGCACAUCCGAAAGCCCAUAGGAGUCCUGCUGGCGGUGGUGUGCCAGUUUGUCAUCAUGCCCCUCAUCGCCUUCCUCUUGGCCCUGGCCUUCUCCCUCAAUGAUGUGGCCGCUAUGGCUGUGCUGCUUUGCGGCUGCUGCCCUGGAGGAAACCUCUCCAACAUCAUGUCAUUGCUGGUCAACGGCGAGAUGAACCUCAGCAUUGUCAUGACCAUCUCGUCCACUGUCCUGGCGCUCGUGCUCAUGCCCCUGUGUUUGUGGAUGUACAGUCGCGCAUGGAUCAACACACCCGUGGUGAACCUUCUGCCCUUCGGCGCGAUCAUUCUCACCCUCUGCAGCACCCUCAUUCCCAUCGGGCUCGGGGUCUGGCUUAGACAUCGCUAUGCUCGAGUGGCCGAAAUCAUCAUUAAGGUGUCUCUGUGGUCUCUUCUGGUCACUCUGCUGAUGCUUUUCAUCAUGACUGGAACUAUGCUGGGCCCGGAGCUGCUGGCCACCAUCCCUGCCUCCGUCUACCUGGUGGCCGUGCUCAUGCCCAUGGCCGGCUACGCGGCAGGAUACGGCCUGGCGACGCUCUUCGAUCUCGCCCCCAACAGUCGGAGGACUGUGUCUUUAGAAACCGGAUGUCAGAACGUGCAGCUCUGCACAGCCAUCCUGAAGCUGGCGUUCCCUCCACAGCUGAUGGGAGGCAUGUACAUGUUUCCUCUGCUGUACGCGCUCUUCCAGGCAGCAGAGGCUGGCAUCUUCAUUCUGGUUUACCGCAUGUACAGGAAAGAGGUAUUACAUAAACAGGACCUCAUGGAGGAGGAUGAUGAUGAUACAAACAUAUCCUACAAGAGAAUGAAGGAAGAAGAUGUGCCGUUUGAUUCUACGUACGGUGCGGUAACAGUGAGCGACCCCAAUGUCAUCGUGCUAGAGUCACAGGAUGGAGUUGGAAGCCCCACACCUGUAUAAGGGCACAAAAACAA